GCCAUUUCCACAAAGCCUCAACACACUCAAUACAGAGAGAGAUAAGAGAGCGAGAAUCUUUAAUCUCUGCAGCAAUGGCUUCUUCCACUGCUCUCUCCGGCGCCAUUUUCAGCACCUCCUUCCUCCACCGUCAACCCUCUCCUCCGGCUGUGGCCUUUACCCUCACUCCGGCCAACUCCUCCACCGCACUCGGCCUCAGAUCCACCUCCUCUCGCGGCGGAAGAGUCGUCGCCAUGGCCACGUACAAGGUUAAGUUCAUCACCCCCGACGGCGAGAGCGAGGUGGAGUGCCCCGACGACGUCUACGUCCUGGACGCGGCGGAGGAAGCCGGGAUCGACCUGCCGUACUCGUGCAGGGCGGGUUCGUGCUCGAGCUGCGCGGGGAAAGUAGUGUCGGGGUCAGUGGACCAGUCGGACCAGAGCUUCUUGGACGACGACCAGAUCGCGGAAGGGUACGUCCUGACUUGCGCUGCUUACCCUGCUUCUGAUGUCGUCAUCCAGACCCACCAAGAAGAAGCCAUUGUCUAAGACAGAAUCUUCUUCAUCUCUCUCCCUCUCUCUCUCUGUUUUUCUUACUCUUUGUCGUUGUCAGUUAAAAUCGGCCUGUUUGUUGGUCCAUGCACUACACGUUUUAAUUCAAGUAAUAUUUUCUACGAUGCUAUACGAGGGUUUCUUGUUCCUUGCGCCA